AUGUCCACUACGGACGGCAACGCGACCAGCGGAAGCGGAAGGCAUCCACUCAUUCUGCUCUUGUCGGCGUUCUUCUGGGUUAUAUUAUGGCUGCUGUCGUGGGUGAAGGCUCUCAUUGGGUUUGCAACUAUCACUAUACCCAAGUGCAUCUACGCGAUCCUGUCCUACUCCAUGACCCUCACGUUGAACUUCUGGUCGUUUGCGCUCAUUUUCGCUCUGUCAGCUGUCGUACUGAAUUAUUGGAUACGCUUCCGAUAUCUCAACACGUACACUAAACUCAAGGAGCCACCUCUAGUCAAAGCAGAUGCCCAGGAGCUCCAUCCUGAUGUUAACACUCCCGAACAGGCUCCUGCGUUCCACAAUUACUUGGAUGAGUUUUUGCAGGCGGUACGGGUGUUUGGGUUCCUCGAGAAACCCGUGUUUCAUGAGCUUGCGCGACAUCUGCAGACACGGCGACUGAUUGCAGGCGACAGUCUGUCGCUCGAUCAGGACAAGAGCUUCUAUUGCGUCAUUGACGGUAGUGUGCAAGUAUAUGCACGCACGGGACAACCUCGCCAUGAAAAUAGCCGUGGUUCAUGGGAUAAUGAGGACAUGAACGGAUACCAAUUAUUGAACCAAGUAGGCCCUGGCGGGACGCUCUCUAGUCUGUUCACUAUCCUCAGCCUUUUCACGGAGAACGUGCAAAUGAGCUGGCAGGAUGGAGAAAAAGCGGAUGAAGAGCUGGAGUCGGUCGGUAGUCCACCUUCUGCGCCACCUCGCUCUCGUACUCAUCGGUCAGAUUCUGAUGUUUCCAACCUUGAUCUGACCGGAGCUACGCCUUCGAAUAUAGGUUCACGCGAACGUCGUCAGUCAGUGUCUUCGGGAGGAUCUACUGUCCAUCCUGUUGAUGUCUCGUCUCCCGGAGAGCGCUCCAGAUCUGGCGAUCCAGGGCUCGCUGGGGUAUCUGCGGCAACCUUUCCUUCCCUGCCUCGUCCGCAUAUGAAUGCAUCGGCAUCGACUACUGACACAGAGUCUCACUAUGGCGUCGUCGCUCGGGCCACUGAGGAUAGUACUUUGGCGGUUAUACCUGCGGAAGCCUUUCGUAGGCUCACCAAGAAAUUCCCGAAGUCCACCGCUCAUAUCGUGCAAGUCAUUCUGACUCGAUUUUCGAGAGUUACGUUCAAUGCUGCCCAUAAUUAUCUCGGUCUAACUACGGAAGUCCUGCGGACUGAGAAGGCUAUCAACGAUAUUGCUUGCCACCCACUCCCUCCGUCUUUUUAUGAGAGCGGUCUCAAACAUCUUCGUCAGCGAUUUGACGGAGUUGGUCUCUCCAGUGAUUCUGAUACAGAGAGUGACUUCUUCAGCUACGCGUCUUCCUCAGCUAACUCAUCGAGAGUCUCACUUACAGCCUCUAACAAAGUGCAAGAUAGUCUCGCUCCUACGUAUUGGGCUCCAACCACUCCUUCGAGGACUCCAGCUUCCCAUUCGCAGGUGCAAGCAGGCGACCUGCACACUUCUACUGGGAAUACAGGCGACAUCUAUACCCCGCUAACUCGCAGAAAUACUGUUACUUUACGACAUGAUCCCCUGACUGUUUCUCGUCAGGGCAAUGCACAUGGCGGCAAGCGAGUGCACUCUGACGAUUUUGAUCUUCGCGAUGAGGUUAUGUCUUGCAUUGCCAAGUCCAUCGGGCUCAUCCAGCCUCCGCUUAGUGGGGACGAUUCUGUUGAAGCUUCACCUGCCUUCCCUGCUAGCGAAGCCGGCCGUUCGCAAAGUGGCCUUUUUAAAUCAUCUUUCGGGUCUCUGUCAUUGCUGGAGAUGGGCGAUGAUACUUCCUCGGUGACUGGAUCGUCAUCCAUCGUGACCGACGGGAACAUGAGUGGUCUCGAUAACGAGGUAGAGAUUUUGUUUUUCCCUGCUGGAUCAGUACUCGCAAAGGCAGGAGAUAGGAACACUGGUUUGUUCUAUGUGAUCGAAGGCUAUCUGGACAUGUUGUUACCUUCUGAGGGAAGCACGGAACACAACGACGCGAAGCUAAGGGCCACUCCUGACACAGGACUGGCCCAUCUCGAUGGUCGAAAGGAUCAGACUCAGAAACCUCUCUUUAGUGUGAAACCUGGGGGUAUAGCAGGUUAUCUGUCAUCACUUUGCCAGACUGCUUCAUAUGUGGACAUCGUUGCCAAGAUUGACACCUACGUCGGCUUUCUCCCAUCACAUGCACUGGAACGUUUGUUGGAGAAACGCCCCAUCGUCCUGCUCACUCUUGCAAAGCGUCUUAUAUCUCUGCUUUCUCCUCUUGUGCUUCACAUCGAUGGCUCAUUAGACUGGGUGCAAGUCAACGCGGGGCAAGUCCUCUGGCGUCCGAACGAUGUCAGCGACAGUUUCUAUAUUGUUAUCAAUGGACGUCUUCGUGCAAUCACUGACAAAGACGGCGGCGGCAUAAACAUCCUUGCGGAGUACGGUCAAGGCGAUACAGUGGGGGAACUUGAUGCCAUUACUAGCUCUCUUCGCCGUAAUACAGUUCACGCCAUACGUGACACGGAACUGAUCAGAAUGCCGAGGACAUUAUUUAAUGCUAUAUCAUCGAGAAAUCCCCGAACGACAGCCCAGCUGUUGAAGAUGAUUGCUUCACGAGUCCGAGUAGAGCUAGAUUCGUCCUCUAGGACACUCCCGUCGGAUGUCUCUCGUAACAUCAACUUGAAGAAUGUGGCAGUCCUUCCCGUGUCUCGCAAUGUACCGAUCGAUGCUUUCGCUCGAAAACUACAUACUGCUCUAGAGAGCAUUGGUGCACCUACGUUCUACCUGAAUCAAGCUUCUGUGUCGGACCACCUGGGCCGCCAUGCGUUUACUAGGAUGGGCAAGCUGAAGGCCGCAGGUUGGUUAGCGGAGCAAGAGCAGAAGUACAGGAUAGUCUUGUAUGUUGCAGACUCUCCGGUAAAUUCGUCUUGGACGCAAACUUGUAUACGGCAGGCUGACUGUGUCAUGGUUGUCGGUAUGGGCGAUGAUCCAAGUAUCGGCGAGUAUGAACGCUUGCUACUUUCCAUGAAGACUACGGCCAGAAAGGAGCUUGUCCUCCUUCAUCCAGAUCGUUCCGUUGUGCCUGGAUCUACUCGUGAAUGGUUGAAGAAUCGUACAUGGGUACACCAGCACAUGCACGUUGAACUCCCUGGAAUCAUCUCAUCCGUUACGCGAAAUGCAUCAGAACCACAAGAUCCAGCUGCACUUGCAGCGUUCAAGAACCUGAAGGACAGGGUACAGAGUGGGAUACAGAAGUACAGGGGAGGAGUUAGCCUUGCUCGACCACAGCGACCACCAUAUGCCAGUGAUUUUGCGCGGUUGGCCAGGAGGAUAUGCGGGAAGUCCAUUGGCGUUGUGCUGGGAGGCGGCGGCGCCCGUGGUAUCUCACAUCUGGGUGUUCUCCGUGCGCUGGAAGAACAAGGCAUCCCAAUUGAUCACAUCGGUGGUACCAGUAUCGGGGCCUUUGUCGCAGGUCUAUAUGCGCGAGAAGGUGAUCUAAUUUCUACGGCAGGCCGAGCGAAACAGUUCAGCGGCAGAAUGGCGAAUAUCUGGAGAAUGCUGUCCGAUGUUACUUACCCACUGGUUGCAUAUACAACUGGACAUGAAUUCAAUCGGUCUAUCUACAAGGCAUUCUACGAUCUCCACAUCGAAGACAUGUGGCUACCUUAUUUCUGCAAUUCCACGAACAUUAACACCUCGCGUAUGGAGAUUCACGACACGGGCUACGCCUGGAGAUUUAUCCGCGCGUCAAUGACAUUGGUGGGCAUGCUGCCUCCAUUGUGCGACAACGGGAAUAUGCUUGUGGACGGUGGAUAUAUUGACAACUUGCCGGUCUCUACAAUGAUGGCGAUGGGAGCCAGUGCCGUCAUUGCGAGCGAUGUUGGUUCGAUUGACGACAACUCUCCGCGUAGCUUCGGGGAUUCAGUGUCUGGCUGGUGGCUGCUUAUCAACCGCUGGAAUCCAUUUUCCAAUGCGAGAUAUAUUCCUGCUAUCACAGAGAUCCAAAGUCGACUCGCAUAUGUGUCGAGCGUGAAAACGCUGGAAGACGCGAAGGUUGCCCAAGGAUGUCUAUAUAUGCAGAUGCCUGUACAGGAGUUCGGUACACUGCAGUUCGGCCGUUUCGAGGAGAUGCAGAAGAAGGGGUAUGAUGCAGCUAUGGAUAUGUUAGAGAAAUGGGACGAGGAAGGACGGCUGCCUUCCGCGUUUAUCACGGGUCCCGCCAUUGCAACGGGCAAGAGAAGAGGGAAGAGCGCACGUCGAAACUCGAUAUGA